AUGCCUGUCGAAUAUUAUGACUCGGACGACUCGGACUUCUCCGAGACCGACAUGUCCAUCCGUGGUCGUCACGGCGGCACCCACAUCCGCCGUCGCUCUGUAUCCCGCCACGCCCACCACCGCCCCGCAGUAAAGGAAUACCUAACCGCACCUACGACUCGCGUCUAUCGUUCUGCCUCGACAGGCGGACGCCGCCCCCGCGAUCGCGACUCUUCCGUGCCAGCCGUCAUGAUCGUGAACGAGCAGGCAACCCGCACGGAUAACGUCACCGAAGCCCGCAACGCCAACAGCAAUAAGCCGCGCCACCGUGUGCAGCAGAAGCAAAGGCUCUAUGAUGAUUCCGACGAAGAGCUGGAGCUGGAACGUGUGCGGCGGGGCGGUUCGCGACGCCGACACCGUGAGCGCGAGACAGGCAUCUCGGCGAAUGUGAAUGUUACUGCGGAGGCACCGCAGGUGCAAGGACGGACACCGUCGCCUUUCCACCGCGACAUUGAGCUCGCUAUGAAUCAGCGUAUACUGGAGCGCAGUGAUAUGCAACAGAACAUGGAGAUAUGGAAGCAGCAACAGGAGAUUGAGCGGCUGGAGCGUCAGCUUGAUAAGCAUCGUGAGAAGCCUGAGCCACCGCGAGAUACCCGUGAGCACAGACUACUCCGCGAAGAGGAGGAGUGGUAUGAGGAGGAGAUUAGUGAGCGUUUGCGUCGUCUGGAGCGGAUUGAGCGCAAACAGAAGGAGGAGGAGACCGCCCGGAAGGCAGAGAAAGCAUGGCGGUUGAGGAAGCUGGAAGAGCACGAGAAAGAUGAGGAGACUGCGCGAAAUGCGGAGAAGGCAUGGCGGCUGAGAAGGCUGGAGGAGACUGAGAGGGAUGAGGAAUCGGCCCGGAAGGCGGAGAAGGCAUGGCGGAUGAGGAAGCUAGAAGAGGCCGAGAAGGAAGCUGCUGAGAAAGAGGAGCUACGGGAGAGGAUGAAGAAGGAGAAACUUGAGGAGAUUGCACGUCAGCAGGAAGAGGAGGCAGAAAAGGAAAAAAUCAAGAAGGAGAUCAUUGAGGAGGAGCGCCAGAAAGCGUUCCAGGCCGAGGAGAAGAGGAAAAAGGAGAUGAUGCUAAAGGCUGCGGCGGUCGAGGAGUGGAAGUUGGAGCAGGAGCGUAUGAAGCAGCGGGCAGCCGAAGAAGCUAUGAAGAGAGAUCUUGAAUUCCGAGAGAGACUGCGUCAUGAUCUUGGUUAUUCCGAGGAGGAGAUUGCGCAUAUCUUGAACAAGAGAAAGCGAGAUCAAGAAAGGAAGGAGAAUGAGGAGAAGGCAAAGAAAGAAAAAGAAGAGAAGGAGGCUAAGGAAGCCAAGGAGAAGAAGGAGAAAGAGGAGAGAGAGAAGAGAGAGAAGGAUCUCAUCGAGGAGCGCAAGACCACCUGGAUCAAGGUUCACCGCAAGCAUCUGCUCCCUGAAACCUUGCUUGCCUAUAAUCUUCCCUGGGACUGGGACGAGACCGAUAGCAACUAUAUAAUCAUCAAGCGAUGGGUCACCGAGGACUUCCAGGAAGAGCUCUUUUCACACACCAAGAGGAUCCGGGAGGGCAAAGUCAUCACCCAGACUUCUCAAUCGCAGACCGAGCUCAAGGUCAACGACCGGCAGAAGGACAGGAUGUAUUUGGUUCGCAAGAAGAGCCCACAGCACCGCUUGCGUAUUUUCGCAUAA